GUUGUAAUAUACUAUCUUGACCUUGUGAAGAGGCACAAAAUCGUAUUAGAGCUUGUUGUUUCCGUUCUCGAUACUUUCCUGGUGGCCAUGAUGUUCUUGUAAAUAAAGGUUCUUAAUGAGAAGACCGUAGUCAAAUAUGAGCAUUUUUCUGCUUGAUGAUGAAGUUCCUAUCAAAGCUGUCCGUUGGUUGUAUUUCCGUCGUUCUGGUGGAGUAAGUACAUGGAAACCGUUUUGUGGAUAUGAUUCAAUACGUCUUGAAACAGCUUAUCGAGAGCGUUAUAACGGCAGCACGGACAGAGUUUACGAUAAGAUUACUGUUCGUGGAGAGAUGUUCGAAGUAGACAUGGAAAGUUGCCAAUGCAUUCCUAUAUACUGGUUUGGCAAAAAACGAUCUGUACAUAGUAGAAGAAAAACUUGGUGUUCAACCAGAGUGGUGCGUGCUGUUUGGUUUCAGAAGAUCAAUUGGUUACCUUUGGAUACAAAGUUAUCUGAAGUGAUUGAAUAUGAACAUCGUACGUAUGCUAUACCUAAAUUGAAAGGAGUUACAGGCAAAAGUCAUAAACCUGUUCAUAAAUAUCAAUCAAACAAUUACGAAAUAAAAUGGAUGCCUGAUGGUACUGUCUAUUUAGUUACUAAAAGUGCAGAGCCUUUCGGUAAAGUUAGAUUACACGGAGGAUUAAGUAGUGUUCCUAUUAGCAGAGGAUUUAAUCGUCCAGCGGAAACUAGUGAUAGACCUCCCCCUAUUACUCAUGUAUGCUUUGUUGUCCAUGGUAUCGGUCAACAGUUAGCUAGUAUACGCCAUGAAUGUGCCAAAAUAAGAAAAACAUGUCAAAAAGUAGCUGAAAAACUAUAUCCUAAACUACCUGAAACUGGACAACGACUUGAAUUUAUUCCAGUGAAUUGGCGUAGUUCAUUAUCAUUGAAUUCAAAAACUUUAGAUAACGUAACUAUAGCACAAUUAAGACCAUUACGUGAUUAUAUAAAUCAAAGUUUUGUUGAUAUUUUAUAUUAUACAAGUCCUGUAUAUCGUCAUGAUAUUAUGCAAAGUUUAAGUUAUGAAUUAACUAGAUUAUUUAAUUUAUUUUGUUCAAAAAAUCCACAAUUUCUUCAAAAAGGUGGUCAAAUCUCUGUACUUGCACAUUCACUUGGUAGUGUUAUUAUGCAUGAUAUUUUACGAAGUACCGAAAUUAAAUUACCAAAUUCAUUAUUUCAUUCAUUAGCAGAUUUAAGUUGUUCACAAUCAUCACUUCAUGAUAAUGAAUGUGGAACAAUUGCCCUUAGGCCGAAAAAAGGAAGGACUCGUAACUUAACUGGUUAUUCGAAUUCCGGAUCGAAAGAGUCAGUCAGUAAUAUUACCAAUAAUAGUAAUAAUAAUACAGAUCGCGAUCGUACCUUGAAAUGUCCAAAUCGGGGAUCAUUUUUGGAAAAUAUAUCAAAACCAAAAGAAUGGAAAUCUGUACCACAGUUGGCAAAUCUAUUUUUAAUUGGUUCACCAUUAGCCUUAUUUAUAUCCGUUAAUGAUUUAUGUCCACCAACAUAUAUAAAUCCAUCGACUCAUUCAUUACAAUUAACUAAUUCUACGGAUGAUGAACGAGAUCCAACAAGUAAUUCACAUUCAAUACAAAAUAGUAUUACAUCAACAACAACAAUAACAACAUCAACAUCUAAACAUACAGGUAUUGAUUUAGAUGAAAUUGAUCCUGAAGCAUUAUUUUCAUAUUUUGCAUGUCGAAGAGUAUUCAAUAUAUUUCAUUCAUAUGAUCCAGUGGCAUAUCGUUUAGAACCAUUAUUAUUGAAACAUUAUGCUAAUAUUAGCCCUGUUGUUAUACCGAAAGCAUCAAUUAGUCAUUUAGAAAAAUGUUUAUCAAUUAAAGAUAUUUCACUUAUUAAUAAUAAUAAUAACAAUAAAUCAAAUCAAUCAGAUAGUCAAACACCAACAUUAAAAGGUUCUAAUACAUCAUUAACAGCAAUUGAUGAUAUUGAAUCAACACAUUCAAUGCAUACAUUGGAUUUAUCUGAUUCAGAUAGUGAUUCAUCUGAUCUAUCAUCAAAUGAUGCUAGUGGUAGUCAUGGUUCUGAUCAUAAAGAACAAAAAAGAAAAUUUUUCAAACGUUUAAGUGUUGUGGAUGAAAAUUCCGUUUAUAAACAACAUCAAUCAUUAGCAAUGAAAAUAUUCAGUAAUUAUAUAACUAGACGAUCAUCUAAUGUAACUAAUUUAAAUCCAAUAUUAUGUCAAAUGCGUUCAAUGCCAACAACAAAUGAAAAACAACUUCGACGUCGUGUUGAUUAUGAAUGGCAAAAAUCAUUUUCACCACUUGCUAUAUUAGGUGCACAUAAUAGUUAUUGGAGUAGUCAUGAAUUAGCAUUUUUUAUGCUUUAUCAAAUAUUUGGACCACCACAUAAUUUACGUUAAACAAUAAAUAAAUAAAUAGAUAGAUAGAUCAAUAUCUCUAUAACAUGUUGAAGUAUACAUGGGUGAAGUAUUUUCCAGUUUUAUGUCUUAUGUAAUGCAUUUGUAUUUGUUGCCAAAACACUUGGAAACAUUCCAUUCCAUAUUUCUUUUUUUGGAUACACUGAAUUAUUUUUUAUUUCAACAACAACAAAGAAACAUUUUCAUCUUCAAAGCAAAAAAGAGAAAAGAAAAAAGAAAAAAACAUUCUCACAGAUCAUAGAAUAAUUUUUUUAUUUUCGGAAUUUUUCUCUCUUUUUUUUGUUUAUUAUUUUAUCUGAUUAUUAUAAAUUAGAUCAAUAGAUUAAUCCACAUUCGUUGAAUUGACUAAUACACAUGGUAACAAUUUUCUUUUUUUUAAUAAGAAGAAAAACAACAAAAAGAAAAGAAUAAAAGAAAACUUCAUUACUCUUAAUCAAUAUUCUUUUAUUUUAUAAUUGAUCAAUUAUUUUUGGUAACUUAGAUAUAUACUACUUAAUAUUGAGUUGGGUUUUUUUUUCUUUCAUGUUUAUCUUUUAUAUUAUUACAUAAUAAUGAAAUCAAUUUGAUUGUAUUUGUGUGUGUGUGUGAAUGGGUGUGUUUAUGCGUUUUCAGCUUUCUUUUAUUUUUGUUUUUGUUUUGUCGAAAAAAACAAAACAAGUAAGUGAAAAUGUUUUGUUCUCGUUAUAUGUUGAUCCAUCUGUUUUGAAGAAUAAUGAAUGAGGAUUUGUAAAGAGAUUGUAGUCAUUUUUAAUAGUUGAUUUCAUGAGUCGAUUUAAGCUAGAUUGACAUUCAAAAACCUGGAAGUACUAGACGGUUGUUUUAUUCUAGUAUGAGACUCCUGAACAGUGCACAUCUAUGAUUUAGCAUAGGGGACUCAAACUCAGGACCUUCGGUCUCGUGCACGAACGCUUAACCUCUAGACCUUUAAGUUACCACCUAACGGUGUUAAUGUGUAACUUCAAUCAAUCUAUAAUCUUGUGCAACCCUUCUCACUAGAAUUCCAUGAAAUCCAUCUUGAACCCAGUGCCUAGUGAGCACAUGAUGAUGAUUAUGGUUAGAAUGAGGGUUUGUGGAGAUUGUAGUAAUUUUUACUAUUUGAAUGGAUGAGUUGAUUUACACUAGACCACUAUUAAAUAGCUGGAAACACUGAACGGCCGUUCCGUUAUAGCAUAAGACUCGUGUGCAGUGUUCAUCCACAAUCCCGCAUACGUUACACGAGUCCACUGCCAAUUACACAAUCUAUCAUGACAGUUUUAUUAUUAUAAUAAUUAUUACUGUGUGGAAUGGAUGACACUAAUCAAUUGCUUAACUGUGAAAUCAAUAUUUGUUACAUAACAAAUUACAACUUAUCACUUAAAGACAGUUGUAAGUGGUUUUUAUACGUUUCAGGAAUAUGUGUGUUUGUUUAUCUUAUAGUGUAUUCCCAUUCAAGAAAUAUUUUAAUUGACACGUGGUCUUUCAUAGAUUAUCGACUGCACAACGCAGUUACCUAAUGAAAAUUGAAAUACUUUACCUUGAGUAAACAGGAUAAUGAAAAUACAGUAAUCAUCAGUCUACUAAAACUUAAUCAUCUAUGAAGUAACCAGCUACCAGCUGAUAUUUGUUACGUAGCCUAGUGACUGCGUCGUAGAAGUUAUGAUACGCUUCGCAUUUAUUAUUAAGAAGAAACUUCAACAAUUUUUAUUCUAUUGUCCACCUUUUGCUGUUGUGGUAAUAUCUAUUCAUUAUACUCGCUUUGUUUCUGGUUCAUAAUGAUAUGUUUCGCUUCUAUCCCCUUGUUAGUCCGAUUUAUAAUCAAGAUUUUUCUUUACACUCGAUCAAAUGUCCUUUUUCACCUCGAAUAAUAACUCAUUUUUUUACCCGUAUAUGUAGUGCCUCCAGGUGCCUACUUUUAUCCUAAAACCAAUGGAUUACACCUUGAGAAUCAAUCACAUAGUUUAAAAUUAUUUUUUAUAAACUAGGUUUAUGAAGAGUAUAUAAGUGAAAUGUAUUAAAAACUUGAUCAUAAUGUCACUAGACUCUGCUAAAGCUAACCCUUCAUUACAUAUCAUCAUUGUAAUCCACCCAUGAAAUAUCUUUAGCAUAGUUGAUGAGCUGUUUUUUUUCAACUAUGGUUGCUCUUAAUUUUCCAAUGUCACCACUAGUGUUUUAGCAAAGGAAAGUGAGACUACAUCUAUUUAACUCAAAAAAAAAUAACUUUAGUUACAUCUUUAUUAUUUAUGGUUCCUUAUGUAGUGACCUACUUUUAUCAAGAGAACGCGAUUGGUUUAAUGGAAACAAUUAUUAUUAUAACCAAUUGUACCAGUGAUUGUUUUACUGUGCUUGUUUGUUUAACUGCACUAAAGACAUCUAUUAUUCUUCCAUUCUUCCUUCCGUUGGUUGUGACCUUGCACGAACUUACGUUUGCUCAGUAAAUUCACUUGUACUCCUUUGGUACGAUCUCGGUAUUCUUUCGAUACCACGAGAUCACCAAUAAAUAUACUUCGCUACAACCUUCAAUCGCCUUCUGAUAUUUCGUACACAACCUUCCUGUAGUGGUGAUCAUAGUCAACCGCGACUCGACGCCACACUUCACUUAUAUCACAUAGCUUCCAGUUAGUUCAGUGGUUUCUUUAUCAAUUUGUUAAACACAUUCUUGUAGACUUUACUAUGAGAAUUACAUUCAUUAUGCAAUGAACAAGAAGAUAAAUGAAGACAGCUAAUUGUAUUUCCUUACAAAAUUACAGAAUAUUUAAGGAAAAUAUGAAAACCGUACAUCGAAUACUUGAUUUUCAAAUUUCCAUCACUUGUCCUUCACACACUGUAUGACUUUUUCACUUCACAAUUCCUUCUUAACUUCAGUUCUGUUUUCUUCAAUUCGAUCUUCUUAGCCUUCUGCUGCCAUCC